CACAGCAAGAAAAAAACACAUUCAGAGGGCGGAAAGUCUGCGCAAGCUGUAUAAGAGCGGGAUAAGCAUGGAUUGUUUUUCUAUCAGCGUGUCGACUCUUAACUCCCUGAGCAGAGACAGUGGAUAAAUGCCCAAAAUGUGGCCCGAGCUCGACAGAGAGUAAGGGAGAGUGGGGAGAAAACCCCAGUAACACCGAGCGCACACGCACAGAAACACAGCACUGCAGCUCUCAGGUCGGGGCCGAAACCUUAACUGCUGCCUGCAGAGAAGAGCGCUGUCCCUCCGCUGUGGUGCUGAACCUUGCGGAUGCUGAGAUCCAAAGGGAGACAAGAGGUUUUAGAAGAGCCGCAGAAAACUUUAUGUGCAUGGAUUUAGAAGAAACAAGCUGAGCAGAAGYGAUGGCCAGACCCCCCUGCAGUCCGACAGGCUUCAGUCCGGCGGUGUGAGCACAGCUGCGGAGGACAGGGACGGAGGCUUUCCAUCUGUGAGGGGGGUCUACAUGCAGCAGCGAGAAUGGGCUGCAUCAGCUCCAAAGCGCCUGUUGUGGCGGUUGAUGGUUCGUUGCGUGUGGACUGGAGCGCGUCCAGCUCCAUGUCUGAUGUCAGGCUCCUGGGGAGCACGCGGACCUGCAUGGCGCGCAGACUGAUACUCGGUGCACCUCUAGGUGCUCUGGACUUCAGCGAGGUGAAUGUUGAUGACACCAUUGAAAUGCUACCAAAAUCCAGAAGAGCUCUUACCAUUCAAGAGAUUGCUGCUCUAGCGCGAUCUUCUCUGCAUGGUAUUUCGCAGGUGGUCAAGGACCAUGUGACGAAGCCUACAGCCAUGGCGCAGGGCAGAGUGGCCCAUCUGAUAGAGUGGAAGGGAUGGUGCAAGCCCAUGGACACUCCGGCAGCUCUGGAGUCAGACUUCAACUCUUAUUCUGAUCUCACUGAGGGAGAGCAAGAAGCACGCUUCGCUGCUGGUGUGGCAGAGCAGUUUGCCAUCGCCGAGGCUAAGCUGAGGGCCUGGUCCUCUGUGGACGGCGACGAGUCCAAUGAUGACUCAUAUGAUGAAGACUUUCUGCCUGCCAGCGAGCCCACCACGCAGAGCACAGAACUGUCAUCUUAUCCGCCGUACUUAAAGGACCUGAUCCACAGCCAGCUCUGCCAGCACCUGGGCAUGCGAAGGCCCUGUUCCGAGAGCGGAGGAGGGAUCGGCGAGGGCGGUGGCAGCAGAGAGCCCUCCCCCACGGCGGGCUCUCCGGACACGCUCUGCUCCAGCCUCUGCAGCCUCGACGAGCAGCACCCGCUGCUCCGCGAUCUGAGGACUCAUCGCGGUAAUCACGCCCAAAACAACGCAGCUGAACUUGCUGCAAAGAUCCUGUCUGCGCUGCACGGAGGGGAGGAGCUGCUGGCCCGACUUCAGAGGGUGGGACAUAGUGGGCCUGGUGGGGGAGACUGUGGCUUCCACAGCUUGAGUGGGGGUGGGCGGGGCAGCAGGUCCUACGGAGGUCAGGUUUCUCCUUGCUACUCUAUGUCUUACUCUGAAACGUAUCUGUCACCUGGUGAGGAUGAUGACACCCCCUGCAAGGACUACGAAGGCACUGUGUGCCAGGAGGAGGCGGAGGGCCAGGGGGUGGAGUAUCCUCCUGACUACGACCCACACAGGAGGGUGUCCGAUGUGGCCUCCUCAGGGGUUGUUUCCCUCGACGAGGAGGAGGAGGAAGAGGAGGAACUGGAGGAGAGAGCAGAAGAGCCGAACAACCAAUGACUCCUUUUUUUCUCAUCUCAGUAUUUGGGGAGGGGCUUCUUCAUUUUCCCCUCUUCGUCACGGUGUCUGAACAGUUUGAACCUUUUGAAUGAUGUGUAAAUCAUCUGUCUUUGCCUUAUACUCGCAGCAUCUCAGCUCUCCUCUCCAUCCGUUAAGUGCUUUGCCCCCAUUCCACGUGUUGACACUUUUUUGUUUCGAAGGCGUCCAAACAAUCCUUUUUCAUCAGUGUGAGAACGGCGAGGGCUGGACUAGGCGCGGUCAGUCCAGGAACUAACUCUCGGGUAUGACGCCCACAGUUUUUCGGCUUCUUCGGUGCGGUGAAAAGACUCUGCUCCAGGCAGACGGAUCGACCGAAAGUCCAAACCUCUGACUUAUAUCUGCAUGUUUUUUGCAAGUGCUGAAAUCAAUGGGCUGACCUGGGCUCGAGCACGUUUUUGUAAUCUCAGCUGUGCUGUAUCACCCCUGCCCAUCUCUCUCUCUCUCUCUCUCUCUCUCUCUCUCUCUCUGUCUCUCUAUCAUGAGUGAGCAGGCCCUGGCACCUGUCCUCACCCCAUCCCUCAUCUCCUAACCUCUUUCCCCCAUCCUUUGCAAGAGAGUAAAUAGCAUCCUUCUGGGCAUGGCUUGCUGAGUAUGCCAAACUAUUUAACCCUGUCACUGUCAAUUAUGAGCAAAUGCUGGAAUGUCUUCAAAGUGACAGGAAAUGGUAUGUAUUUAAAAAAAAAUUCAUGUGUUCCAAAUGAUAUGACAGAAAUGAUAUGCUUUUGAUGUACUAGUUUUCUAUCAGUCAUGUUGUUGUUCAUGUCAUCAUCAUGAUGGACAGCUGGCAUAUUGAUGAACAGCCGCUCUGUGUUCCCCGGUGUUUUCUGUGGAGGAAACCUGAACUUUGCUCUUGAAAAAGAAAAACUCGCAGCAGGGACACUGGAAACACAAAAAGAGAGAGUUCCCGAAGCGACGCCUCAACGACGGAUGUUUGGCAACAAGCGACAGAAACCUAUUUUCCUGUGCAGAGAUGGGUUGCAUUUGGAGAUUUUUCUAUAUUUUUGUAUGCGUUGUCUUGCUUUGAUCUCCUUGCCUAUGCGGCGUGCCAGUGUAUGUGGUCUUUGCACGAAGCUAAUGUGGCUGUAGAUUUCUCCUGUUCUUUGUUAUCACUGUGUGAUAUAGUCUACUGGGAAAAAAAACAAAAAACAAUACAAAUGUGAAAUUUUCUUGUUUUUUUUUUCAAAAGAGGAUACUGUGAUACGGUUUUUUGCCAUUUAUCAUGAUCCUCAUGAAGAGCUCUGUUAUUUUUUUGUUUAUUUAACCCUUGUGUGUGCGAGGACUGAGGCAAACGUAGAGGACUGUGGCAAAUGAUGCAAGUUUUACGUGUGUGGGGUCGGUUGGACCCCAUUUCUAAACACAAGGGUUAAAAACUUCUAAAUACUCAUCUUUUCUUCUCAUGUUGACUCUUGAAAAGCUUUGCCUUUUUAUUCUGUACUCUCCCUUUCUAUAAUGCUUGCAAAAAGGCAUGUAAUGUGACACGUUAAGAGCCUACUUCAUACUCUCCAUGUUGAUGUACCUGAGAGAAAAUGUCUUUCAUGCAACUCAGGAAAUCCCAUUGAACCAGAGCAUGGAUGCAUUCAUUCCCACACGCACGUAGGCAUGGGCUGGUUGAUGGUACCAAAACGUUACACUUUCAAAACAGCUAAAUGUUUCUGUCAUACUUCUGCUAAAGUUUAGGUAGUCUAAGCUUAAAAUUUGAAUAAAAAAUCUGUGAGGUCCACAACAAAAAAUCUAAUAAAUCAUACAAAAUGCCAAAUAAUCAUUCAGUGACAUUCAUUUGCCUCAAUCCUUAUAAAAGUUAUCCAUUUAUAAAUUGAGAUUUUGGUGUAAUGAUGUGAUUUGAGUUGCUGGUUCAAAUCCUGGUCCCCCUGCUUCAGUCAUUGUGUCCUUAGUCAGGAAACUUUCCUCACCUUGCCUACUUGUGGUUGUCAGAGGACCCGAUGGUAGCUAUGGCUACAAUGUAGCUUACCACCAUAAAUUGCUUCAGAGACCUUGAUAACAAGUCAUAUAAAUGAACAUCUUGUUAGCAUUUAGUAUUUAGACCAGAUACUAACAGCUUAGAUAUUUAGACACUACAUUAACUUCUAAAAUGGAGAUACUCUCUGGGAUGGGUUAAAAUCAUUAUUAAAGUACCUUGAGAUAGUAUUUGUCAAACCGAGUGAAAAUUUCCAAAGCAAAUGUUUUUUGUUUAGCAUUUUUGUUAACUUUGAAAACAUUUAGUACCCUUAGCUUCCCCUAUGUAAAUCUUUCCAGAUAAAUCAUGAAGCACUAAUUUAUUUGACUGUUCUGGAAUAAAAUCCGAGAUUUGGUGAUCGACUGUUACAAAUUCUUCAAGUAGUUAAUGAUUAUAUUCAUGUUCUUAUUUUGAAGUGGGUGAAGACCGUUCCAUAUUCCUCCACCUGUGAUGGAGGACUGUUCAGAUGGCGUCUAGGACAGCAGAUGGCGUCUAUUCUGUACCCGGAGCGAAUUGCUGUAGAGCUACAGUCUGCAGCCUUACCGUGAACUGAUGUCCUCCCUAUUUUCUGACCAAAGUCCUGCUGUGGUCAAUCAGCAACAGAGUUAGCAAUACUCAGCAACUAUAAAGUGGUCUGAAUCAUUUCAGGCUCAACAAAUUUGACUUUCAGAUUUGUUGAGCCUCAAAAUGGUCAACAAAUCUCACCAUUUUGAGGGCGAUACAUUGCAACACAUGAUGGUAUCAAUAUGGUUGAAUUUAAUGCUCUUGCUCAUUAGCAUUAGCUCAUGUUAAAUGCUACAACAGUAUAGUGAGUUAGCAGAACUCAUAUUUAUGUUUAGUGCUUUAGGGUCAAUGCAACUAAUUUUAGUUAGAUGGCAUGAAAACAUAAUUUAACAUAAUUUAAAAUUUGAUAAAUGUUUGUGCACUUGUAUCAAAAUGAAGUAGUAAUAUUAACUAUACUAACAUUGCUAUUUUACCAUAGUAGGAAUAAAUUGUUGCUUUUUAAAAUUUAUUUAAAUCACAGUGGUUCAAUCUUGCUAUGUUUGUAUAAAUCCUUUUUUUAAACAUCAUGACACUGUGAAACCAGGGUUAUCAUUUGAGAACCUGCUACCGGCCCAUGCCUAAAUGUACAAGCACCACUCCUCUUUCACUCUCACCCUGCAUGUGUGCAUAUGUUCAAGAGAAACCCUGGAGUGAGUCGUCAUUUUCUACAGUACAACAUAAUUCAAGCACAGACUUGAUCCCCACUUCUAUGCUUUUUGUUCAAAGAAGCCUCAAUGUGUGUGUUUGUAUUUUGAGAUUUUGUGAAACUGUGUGUCCGACUGUGUCUCGUAAGAUGUCAGCAAGCGCUCCCAGCUUGCACAGUGAAUUAAUUCCAAAUCCCCUCCAAUGCAGCGAUUCCCUUUAAAACAAUGUUUUGGGGUAGGUCAUCUCCUGUUUGAGGCUUAACUUUUUCUGGUUUCGAUGGAUUAAACUAAAACUAAGGUUUGACAUUGCCUCAUUUACAGAAAAUAGCAAAUGCUAGUGUUAAGAGUUAGGCAAAACCGUGAAAACUCAGGGGGAACCAUUGAAGCUGUGCCUUUCAUACAUCACCUUUGACCUCUCAAACUGCAUGACUAUCGUCACAUCCUCCUCGGUGUCUCUAAGACCACAGUUCAACUCCCAUCCCCCCAAACAGGGAUCAGAGUAAUAUGUACCCCUUAGACAGAGGCAUCAGGAAAUCCUGUUGUAUCUCCAUGCAGUGAUGAGAGCUUGCAACAUCAUUGUCCUUUUGCUUGACAUUAAAAGCCGGGCAACGCUGGCGAAGCGAGUUCGCGCUUUUGUCCAAGCGCGGUGACGCGACCGUCCCAUUGUCUCACAACCGUCCCCCUUUUUCCUCCUCUGUUUAUCAGCUCACUCUGAGCGCCUCUUGUGCACGCUUUUUCUCUGCAUGUCUAUCUGAAUGUCCUUGCGGCUUCUCCAAGUAAAGACGGGCACCUUGGACUUUCUGUGUUUCUCACAUCUACAUGUAUGUGCUGUGAUCUUAUACUUCUGAGAACUGUGACUCUGUUUAUUCAUCACCAAGAGAACAGUUUGUACUCACAUGGAUAGAAGCAGAAGAUGUGCCGUUGAUACACCAGACAGCCUGAUGAAUGUGUUUUUUCUCCAUCCUUCCAUCACCAUCCUGUCAUUUUCCCUUCUUCCAUCCCGCCUUUCUUUGUUUCUGUCCUUUGCUCCAGCUCUUUUUUUUUUGUCCGUCUAUUGCUCCUUCCUUCCACACAGGGGGGCUUAUUACGUAAAUAGAUGGGCGUCUUAGUGCUACCUUUGCCAAAAGGCAAUUAGCCUGCAAUUACAAAAACGACUGAACUUCAGGAGACGUGUAUCUCUCUCUCCCUUCUGUCGUUUUUUGUUCUCCCUUUUCCCCUUCAAUCCAUCUGCUCUCUCCUCUCCCGACUUUCUCCCCAGACCCUCGUCACCAGCACAAGUUUCUAAGCGGCAGCUUUUGAGGUCAGCUGUCCCAGAAAACUCCACACCAACUUUUAAUUUCGUUCUUGUCUCUCUGUAUAAAAAGUGUUUGAGAUUUUGUGGCCCAGAACAACAGGAAACCCUUCAUUCCCUUCAUUGAGACACAUGUCUUUCUAUCCUAACAUGUUCCAUCUUGCUUGCAAGAAUGUCCCUGGGCAAUUAGUUUUAGCUUGUUGCUUCAGGCAAGUAGUGACAUUGGAUACUUAUCAGAGAGAAGUGCUCCAGAUUCACUAUAUGUGUGACUGUGUGUGUGUGUGUGUGACAUCAGCUGAGGGAACCAGUGCUAUAAAAAGACAUCAGAACAUCUGUCAGACAGUGCGAAGCAGGAGGCCGGCAUAAAUAUUCACAUGGUGGUAGUGCCCCCAUCACCUUGUAACCGACUUACCAUUUCAGAACAAAGCAGAUGGGCCGGGGGACCGCUCUCCUCACACCCUAUCAGCGAUUAUUGGGUCAAAAUUGGCCAACACAACCAGGAGUAAGUAAAAAGUGCAACAGGAAGUGAAUGACGGAUAUUCACGGUCUGUGUUUGACUCACAUCAGACUGAAAUGACCAAAAAUAAGACUUACCAUAGAGAGUUCAGAGAGCAAAGCCAUACUAGAGUCCCCUAAGAGAGGGCAAGGUGGGCACUAACAGGGUUAAAGGAAAGAUGACCUGAGUUGAUUGUAGUUUUCCACACUACAAGGGAUCCAUUUCACCAUCUGCAUCAGUCAAACACAUCUCCUUACCCCUCACCUCCGUCCAAAUUUCAGUCUCUUUUCUUCUUUUUAAUACCUUUCUUCCUCUUUUGGCUGAAUGUAAUUAUUCAAAUAUAGCCACCUUGGAUUGAAAAAUAAAUAUAUUUGUUUGCUGCAUCUGAUAUUAUUUCAAAAAUAAAGAAAAUAUUGUUAUUGUU